UUCAAGUCAAAUUAUUUCUGAAACUAAUGGGUUUAGCCAUAUGAUAUCUUUCAUAAUUGUUGUUUAGAAUCUCUAGAGGAAUUAGAAAAUGUAAUUAAAAAAGGAUCAUUCCAUUAAAAAAAAAUGAAGUUUUGUGUAGCACAACUUUUUGGGCCACCCUGUAUAAUUACAUAAGUCCUAUUUCAAUAGAUUUUAUCAAGACCUUCAACUUUUAUACAGGAAGUUUUUUUAUAUUGUGCACUAUUUUCAAAAUAAUUGACUGUUCCGGGACUUUUUACAGAGUGUGUAUAAAGAAGCACAAGCAAGAGUACGGAAUAAAAUAGUACCUACAGAAAAAAAAAACGAGUCAUGGGAAAGAAACUGUGCGCAUAUUAAUACUUAUCUGGGGGGUAAAAGAAAUACAGAAAGUUGGAGAUUACUCAAAAACAUGAGGAAAACACAAACUAAGGAUAUUAUCAAUACAAUAACACCCCAGCAAUGGGAAGAGUACUUUGAAGAAUUACUAACAGAACAGCGAGCAGAGUUUAAAAAAGAAAGGGAACAGACACGAAACAUAAAAACUGCAGGAUCACCUAUAAGAGUUAUGCAAGAAGAAGUUAAAAAACACUGUAGCUUCUUGAAAAACGGUAGGGCACCAGGCCCAGGAGAAAUAUAUGGAGAACUGAUAAAGUAUGGGACCAAUAAACUCUACAAAAAUUUAACAAAACUAUUUCAAACAUGCAUAGAUAAACAUGAAGUACCGGAAGAGUGGAAAAUAAGCUAUUUAACAACGAUAUAUAAGAAAGGAGACAGAAACAAAUGCGAGAACCACCGAGGAAUUGCAGUAACAAACACACUGAGCAGAGUGUAUGGAAAACUCAUAAAAGCCAGAAUAGAGAACGAGUUCAAAGAUAGUGAGGCAGAAGAACAGGCCGGUUUUAGAGCAGGAAGAUCAACUGUAGACCAUUUAUUUAGUUUGACCCAGGUAAUAGAAAAAAACUAGCGUAUAACCAGGAACUUCAUUUACUCUUUGUAGAUCUAAAAAAAGCAUAUGACAAUGUUCCGCUGAAAAAGCUUUGGGAAGCACUGGAAAAAACCAAUAUCAAUUUAGAACUAAUAAAGGCAGUAAAAACCCUCUAUAGUGAUGCAAAGACCACGAUAAAACAGGGAAACAUGAUCAACAAGACACUUCAGAGCCUUUCAAUCGACGUUCGUUUUUGUUGGUAAUUUUUUGUUUCAUAGGAAUCAUAGGUAUGAUUCGUGAUUGAUAAAUAAGGAUGGGGUUAUUCUAAAUGGGUAAUAAAAAUACUAUGUAUAAUUUGAAGGCUGCCUUUUUUUGUACGAAACCUUUGAUUGAGAUAUUAUGCCUUUAUAAUAUGAAACUAUGUAAUUUAAUUAUGGUAAUUUGUAUAAAACAUUGGAAUACAGUGUGCCAUCUGCCACCUCUGAUAUUUCUCAGUAACUAACUAGAUAACCGUUUCCUAUGUAUAUUCUAAACGAGAAUAGUUUGAUCAGGAUGUGUAGGUGGCAGCAUAAGUGUUAGUAGGUAUAUAAUUUAAAAUUGUUUACUGGGGAUCUUUGGGUCUCUGCUUUGGGUGAACCGGUGAACCUAAAAGCAAGCUAAAGAAAAACGAAAGUUUAAUAAAUCAACUGUACAUAAGUGUGAAGGCCAAAAAUAGUGACUAGUAGUAAUGGUAAGAUUUCAAUAUUUUUGCUGGGUUUUAGUUGGUAUUUUGCAAGCGCAAGAAUGAGUUUACAGAUUUUAAUCCUUAUUUUGACCACAGCAAUUUUAGCGAACGCCCAGGAUGUUGUAAAUCUAAAAAAGGCUUUUACCGAAAACCAAAUCGUUCCAGACGUCCUGAAAGACGCUCCACAACACUUACUGUUAAUUAAAUACCCAAAAUCUGGCAAAACUGUUAAUUUAGGAGACGAAAUUGCUCCUAUUGACGUCAAAGAACAACCGCAAGUUAAUUUUGAACCUAAGGAUGGUGAUUUUCAUACUUUGAUUUUAACUGAUCCUGAUGCGCCUAGCAGAGCUAAUCCUAUUAGAAGAGAAUUCAGACAUUGGCUGGUAGUCAAUAUUCCUGGAUCUGAUACCACAAAAGGCCAAACUUUAAGUGCCUACGUUGGCUCAGGACCGCCGAAAGGCUCAGGCCUACACAGGUACACGUUCGUGUUGUAUAAACAGCCAAGAGGAAAAAUUAAUUUCAAUGAAACAGUUGUCAGCGCUACAGAGAUUGGAGACAGACCUCUAUUUUCAACACAAAACUUCGCUGAAAAAUAUGGCUUGGAGUUAGAGUCUGGUAAUUUCUUUCAGGCACAGUAUGAUGAUUCUGUACCUGCUUUACAUAAACAAUUGGGCAUUAAACCAGUGCAGUGAUAUCCUGAAAGAAAUUUUGGCAACCAAUAAUUGAUAAAUGCAAGUGAUGUUUGAAAAUCGUCACAGUAUUUUGUAAUAUAAGUAGUGUACAUGCAAUUUAUUAUGAGAUUAUAAUAAUUAUUGAAUAUAAAAUCUAGAACUAAAUACAAUAAAAUUAAGCUAAUUAGCAGUCAAAUAACUAGUUUUUUUUUAUAUACCUACAAAUUAGGGCGCUAUGACCCAAAUAUGAAACUUAAAUCUCAAUACUGUAACAUCAAAUUAGGUAUAACAAUCCUAAACAGUAAUAUCACAAAAAAGCUCCUUGGUUGUUUCAAAUACUUCAACAAAUCAAUUCUUCCUUAAACUGCCACAUUCCAUUAACUUGAACCACUUUGUCUUCUUUCAGGAGCUUUUGCAAGUGAUGGUUAACAUUGCAUUCUGCAGCCUUGAACAAUUGUUUUGGUAAACCUAUAUAAAUCAUUUCAACCAAAUCAUUUCCAGUAAAAGUCCUUUGACAAUUAUUGCUUAAGAUGUCCAUUAUUUGCUGUUCUCUCUCUAAGCGAUGGUUCAAAUAGAAUUGGAUUUUCUCUGAAGCAUUAUUGAUAAUAUUUCCAUGUCCCGGAUAAAUAACUGCAGGUUUGGCAUUCAGAAUCGUCCUUAACGAUUCCAUAUAGUCGAAUAAAUCUUCAAAAACAGCAGUGCCUUCGCCCAAAAUACAAUCACCACUAAAUAAGGCAUUGUCUUCAAGCAAAUGCAAGACUACAUGAUCAGUGGUAUGGCCUGGAGUGUGUAAAACUCUUAAGGUUGCUCCUUCUACUGAAAAUUCUUGAUUGUCUUUGAAGGCAUUGUAUACAUUGUUGUCUUCUUUGCAUGGGAAUUUCCAGACUUCACAGUUU